AUGCUAGCGGGUGCAAGAGAUGAGAGUGCAGCGGGCGGCAACAAGGAUGGUUGGAGGGGAGAGGAGGGUGGAAGAAAGAGGGGUGGGGAAAGGAGGGUGGAAGAAAGAGGGGUGGGGAGAGGAGGGUGGAAGAAAGAGGGGUGGGGAGAGGAGGGUGGAAGAAAGAGGGGUGGGGAGAGGAGGGUGGAAGAAAGAGGGGUGGGGAGAGGAGGGUGGAAGAAAGAGGGGUGGGGAGAGGAGGGUGGAAGAAAGAGGGGUGGGGAGAGGAGGGUGGAAGAAAGAGGGGUGGGGAGAGGAGGGUGGAAGAAAGAGGGGUGGGGAGAGGAGGGUGGAAGAAAGAGGGGUGGGGAGAGGAGGGUGGAAGAAAGAGGGGUGGGGAGAGGAGGGUGGAAGAAAGAGGGGCGGGGCGGCCUGGCGGGGCUAUGCAGCCUGGCGGGGCUAUGUGGAGCGAAUGGACUUCCUCCACAAGCGCUGGAGCGCACCUUUUACCCACCCCUCCUUCCCACCCCUGUUUUCCUGCUUGAUUCUUCCCUCCUCCCCCGCCACUUACCACUGCAGGCGGCCUGGCGAGGCUAUGUGGAUCGAAUGGACUUCCUCCGCGAGCGCUGGAGCGCCGUGGAGGCUCGGCAGGCAGGGGCUUUAAGGGAGGCCAAGACGAAGCUGGAGAAGCAGCUGGAGGAGCUGACGUGGCGGCUGCAGCUGGAGAAGCGCAUGCGGGUGAGUGAGUGGGGCUGUAUGGGAGUAGGAGGGAAUGUGUAUGCGCGUCAUGGGCUGUGGAUGGCUCCUGAGGCGUCUCACAAGCAGCUGGAGGAGCUGACGUGGCGGCUGCAGCUCAAGAAGCGCAUGCGGGUGAGUGAGGAUGGGGAUGUGUGGCUGGACCUAGAGGAGGCAAAGGCCGCCGAGAUCCAACGGCUGCAAGCGCAAGUGGAAGAUCUACGGUCUGAGCUCGACGACACGCGAACCCGGCUGGAGAGCCAAGUAGACGACACCAGGCGGCAACUAGACGAGUCCCAAGGCAGGCUAGAAGAAGCACAGGGGCGAUUGGAAGAGGCGCAAGCGAGGUUGGAGGAGGCACAGGGGAAGGUGGAACAGGCAGAGGCCGAGGUGCGGCAGCUUAGGGAGCAGAGCGAGCGAAUGGCGGAUGAGAGUGCCAGGCUGGCGCAACAGCUGGCGGAACGGCCGGUGGUGACGGCUGCUGCUGUUGGUGGUGCUGGUGCUGGUGGUGGUGUUGGGAGUGGGGGGCGAGGGAGUCUGGAGUCUGGUGGAGGGGCGUCGGGUGCUGCUGCGUCCGUGUCAUCAGCGUCGUCAGCGAGAGCAGCAGGGGAGAGUGCGGGGAGAGCUGCUGGGGAGGGUGAUGGCGAGCUGCAGCAGGAGAAUGUGCAGCUCAAGUCGCUGCUGGCGGAGUCAGAGGGGCGUCUGGCUCGUUACGAGGCCGAGGUGGCCGGGCAGGUACAGGAGAAGACAGCACGGAGCGAGCGGGAAUUGGAGCAGACCCAAGCGGAUCUAAAGCGAGUACAGGAGCUUUACUCGCGGAUGGAGAGAGAAAACCAAGCACUUCGGCAGCAGCAAGCACUCUCAGGCCCAGACAGAGGAGGAGGCGGAGGAGCAGCAGUGGGAGCAGGGAGAAACGGAGAGCAAGGAGCAGCAGGGGCUUUGGCGGUGCAAUCCCCGCAGCAAAACGGGCUGGCCCCGAACCUGAGCUUCGGAUCGCCGAGCCAGAGCCACGGGUCGCCGAGCCAGAGGCUCGGGUCGCCAGACUCUCCUGUCCCAUUGGCGCUCACCCCGGCGAGUGGGAACGGCGGCAGAGGGGGUGUGGCGGGAAUGUCGCCGCUGGGGAGUGUGUCUGGUGAAGGGGGUGACAGGCGGUUCUAUCGCAUGCAGUCUGAACGGUUCUCGGUGAGUGGAAAGGGCAGCAGGGGGGUUGUGGGUGGGAUGGCAGAAGAGGGGGAGUGGCGGGAUGUCGCCGCUGGGAAGUGGAUCAGGGGAAGUGGGAACUUCGGCAGAGGGGGUAUGGCGGGGAUGUCGCCGCUGGGAAGUGUGUCUGGGGAAGGAGGAGACAGGCGGUUCUAUCGCAUGCAGUCCGAGCGGCACUCGCAAGAGCAGGAAACACUGCUCAAGGCCCUCUCAGCCACGAGCCUAGGCUACAGCAACAAGCGCCCCCUCGCCGCCUGCAUAGUCUACAAGUGCCUCCUGCACUGGCGGGCAUUUGAGGCAGAGCGAACGAGCAUUUUCGACCGCAUUAACCGCACUAUCAGAUCAGCUGUUGAGGAGGAUGAUAGAGCGCUAGCAGCACUGGGGAGUGGAGGGGUGCUGAGCGGUGGAGGGGGGUUGGGAGGGAAGAGCAUGGGGCGGCUGGCGUAUUGGUUAUCCAACACUUCGUGUCUGCUGGUACUGCUGCAGCGGACGCUCAAGGCCAGUGGGGGGGGGCAGGCUGGGCCGGCAGGGAGGAGGAAAGGCGCGCAAGGAGGAGGGACUAGUGGGAGGAUGGCUCAGAUGGGGCCUCAAAUGGGAUAUCCGCCGUCCCCCCCUCUGCCGGAUGGGUCAAGCUCGCUGAAGCUGGUAGAAGCUAAGUACCCCGCUCUGCUGUUCCGGCAGCAGCUGACUGCGUAUGUGGAGAAGGUGUUUGGGCUGAUCAGAGACAACCUCAAGCGAGACAUCUCGCCGAUUCUCGGGCAGUGCAUUCAGGUGGGUGUGAUAAGCUUAUUGGGGGGCACUUGGAUGGGGGUGGGUGGGGGGGAUGGGGGCGCAGCUGGUUUGCUGCUGUUCCGGCAGCAGCUGACAGCGUAUGUGGAGAAGGUGUUUGGGCUGAUCAGAGAUAACCUGAAGCGAGACAUUUCGCCCAUCUUGGGGCAGUACAUUCAGGGGAUUGGGGCAGUGGGCAUAGGGGAUUGGGGCAGUGGGCAUAGGGGAUUGGGGCUGCCAGUGCUUCCAGGCGCCUCAAAGUGCACCUCCCCACCCCCUCCCACCACUCACUCUCCCCUUUCCACCACCCUCAACCAGGCCCCUCGUGUCUCCCGCUCCUCAUACGGCCGGCAAUCCUCGUCUCCUAGCAGCACAGCAGGCAGCGGCCCCGCGUCAUCAUCCCCACCAAGCCCGUGGCAUGCCAUCAUUGCGUCGCUCUCCUCGCUGCUCGCGACGCUCAAGGGCAACCACGUGGCGCCAUUCCUCAUCCGCAAGAUGUUUGCUCAGGUCUUCUCCUUCAUCAACGUUCAGCUGUUCAACAGCUUGCUGCUCCGCCGUGAGUGCUGCUCGUUGAGCAACGGGGAGUAUGUGAAGGCGGGGUUGCAGGAGGUGCAGCAGUGGAUGCGGGAGGCAGGGGAGGAGAGCAUGGGGCGCGCGUGGGAGGAGCUGAGGAGCAUCACUCAGGCUGUGGGGUUUCUGGUGCUGCAUCAGAAGCCAAAGAAGACUCUAGAGGAGAUUGUGCUGCACCAGAAGCCCAAGAAGAGCCUGGAGGAGAUUGUCACCCCUCUCUGCCUGUCGCUGUCGACGCAUCACAACGACAUACUGGGAUGGAAAAAGCCGAAGAAGAGCCUGGAGGACAUGUUUACAACUCUGUGCCCGUCGUUGUCGACGCAGCAGCUGUAUCGCAUCGCCACCAUGUACUGGGAUGGCAAGUAUGGCAACAUGCUCUCAUCUCUGCCUCGUACCCCG